AGGACGGUUGUUUUCCCAGAAGCGAAAGUGACAGUAUCGAACAAAUCACAAUAAAACAACGGUCGAUAUACAGCAAAUUCAGAGCCGUCAGUUGCAAGCUUUAUAACUUUGAGUGAGUACGCUGAAGACGAGGUGAUACGAUGGAGGGACACAAGAAGAGGAAUCGUCAUUAUGCACCACUCACACCCUCUCCAGAAGAUACCGAGGCAAAGACUAUAGUGCCGCCAGAGGGGAGAACGAAAGCCUUAGCCUCGUCCUUCGAUGCUGAGGUGCGCCCCCUGAUAGACCUGGUCGACAAAUUACGUGGGUAUGGUCUGGACAGAGACAUCAACCUUCCCGCCGUCGCCGUCAUCGGGGACCAGAGUGCCGGCAAGAGCUCUGUUCUUGAAGCAAUCUCUGGCGUACAACUUCCAAGAGGAACGGGUAUUGUGACAAGGUGCCCGUUGGAGAUGCGGAUGAAGCACUCAGAGGAUGAGGACAAGUGGGAGGGAAAGAUAAUGUAUACGGACAAGCAUGAUGAGCCCCACCAGGAAGUCAUCCUGAACAGAGAGAGCGUCGGAGAUCUUGUGCGGAAAGCACAGAAGGAAAUGACCGAUAGCGCCAAGGGAAUUAGUGAUGAACUCAUUACGCUUGAAGUGACGUCAUCAGAUGUCCCUGACCUUACCGUCAUAGACCUGCCAGGUAUCGCAAGGAACGCUGUCGAGGGUCAGCCGGUUGAUAUCGAAGCGAGGAUUAAAAAUAUGAUCCGUCAAUAUAUUGAGCGCCAGGAGACUAUCAUACUUGCUGUUCUACAGUGUAAUGUCGAUAUAGCUACUUGUGAAGCGCUCAAAAUGGCUAAGGAAUUUGAUGACGAAGGUGGAAGAACUCUGGGGGUUCUAACUAAGCCGGAUUUGCUGGACAGGGGAGCCGAGACCGGUGUAAUGAGGAUCCUGAACAACAUGGAGUUCACACUGUCCAAGGGCUACAUCAUUGUCAAGUGUCGAGGUCAGGAGGCUAUAUCGGAAGGCCAGUCUUUGAAACAUGCACUGGAUGUAGAAGAAGAUUUCUUUAAAAGUCACAGACAUUUCAGCUCUUUGGGACCUUCUCAGUGGGGAAUCCCCAACCUAUCACGGCGACUGUCACGUGAACUAAAGAAACACAUCAAGAAACUGUUACCGGAACUGAAGGAGGAUAUACGCCGCAAACUCCUUGAGACGGAGCGGAAGUUGCAUGAGCUCGGAGAGGAUCCUCCACAAACAGCCUCAGAAAAACGUCAGAUGGCUCUCCAGAUGGUCACCGAGUUUAUUAGGGUUACCACCUCCUUGGCGAAUGGAGAACGCUGUAAUGACAACAAGUUUCCGCAAACGAUUAACAACCUCUUCAGCGAUGCUCGUCGGUCAUUCGCAGAUCUGCAUAAAUGUGCUGUGCGGGAACAACCAGAUACCACGAGCCGGACAUUAAAGACCAAGUUACAACAGAUGAUGGAAGCUUCCCGAGGUCGGGAGUUUUGUAAUUUUCUGGGCAAAUAUGAGCUGGUGGAAAGUUAUGCUCGGGAAUACAUCUCCAAACUGGAACAACCUGCACUUCAAUGCUUCGAUGAGGUCCAUAGAAAGACGACAGAAAGCCUGAAGAUUCUAGCAGAAAAAUGUUUUGAGAAAUUUCCUGAUUUUGCAGAGAGAGCUAAGGAAGUUAUAAUGAAGACUCGGAAACAGACCCAAAAUGAGUUGCAAAGACGAAAUACUGAGGUAUUUCAGGAUGGAGAAUCUGGUGUACUCUCAGGACACUACGUAUUGCGUCGUACUUCGAGCAGAGGAAGAGGAAGAAACGAAUGGAAGAAGAGGAGGAAAACGAAAAGAAACAGAAGAGCGCGGCAAAAUAUCACGUUCAGAUAGGCUCUCAAAACGAUGAAGAUGUGAACGGUGUUGGCAAAGCAUUGAUAAGUCUAAAAUCCUAUUACCAGAUUGCUGCACGGCGUCUCUGCGACGUCAUCCCCAUGGUCAUACAGCUGCACGUGUUCCGGGAACAAGUGGAGGAGAUGCGGAUCCUGCUCAUGGACAUUGCUUCGGA